AGACUUAAAGAACAAGGCGACGAGGCAGUGGAGAGAAGGAAAUGGCGACGAAGGGGAAAUCAGAAGCAGAUGGUGAUGGCGGCAGUGGCAACAGUAUAAACGUAGCGUGGAACGAAGCGCAGCAGAGAUUCGAGACAGAGGACAAAGAAGCAUACGUUGAGUACGUUAUUAGACUAAACGGCAAAGUUAUGGAUUUGGUACACACUUUCGUUCCCCCUUCUAAGAGAGGCCUCGGCUUGGCUUCCCUCCUCUGCGUCGCUGCUUUUCAACACGCCCAAUCCCAUUCCUUAUCCAUCAUCCCCACCUGUUCUUACGUCUCCGAUACGUUUCUUCCUCGGAACCCGUCUUGGAAAUCUGUUGUGCACACGGAGGGUGCCAAGUCCAAUAUAUGAGCUUACCAAGCUUCAAGCUGUGCUUCUUCUAUGUAUGGUAAUGUCUGUCUGGUCACGUUUCGUUAAUUGGCUCUGUUACUAAAUAAUAGUACUUUGCUUGCAGUAGUGUUUUCUGCCUGUAACAAACAAAUAACCAACCAUUUAUUGAAAAACUUGCGAUUAUUGGUUUCCUCAGUGCAUUCCUUCUCACUCAUGAUAUUUGGCAAAUGAUGGAAAGCAAAUUAAUCAUAAAGCAACUGAAUUAAUGAUAAAAUAAGUACUGGGAAAAAGAAACACUAAACUUCAUUAGGUUUAUUUAAUUUUAUGACAUGUUAUUUCAUAAUCAGCGUGCAACAUCUAGGACAAUUCGUACAUAGUCCUUCAUGCUGUCAUACCAAGAACUUCCGUAGCUAUUGCUAUUGCUGUGCAAGUAUUGUGACUCCUGGAGGUCUAGAUUUUUAUUGUUCCAUGGGUACUUCUCUAUUACGAUUAUCCCCUCAAGCUCCAUUGACACUUCCUUCAUGCUAGGCCUCUCUUCCCCUUUAAGACUCAAGCACUUGCUUGCAAGAACAGCAACUUUCCUGAUCUCGUCUUUGUUUUCUUCAGUUAGAAGACCAGAUUCUAGAAUUUUAAAGAAAUUAUCGUUUUCCAAGCUAGAGAGAAAAAGCAUAGCAAUGCUUCUUUCCUCCUCUGACCUUUGAAAUGAGAGUGCUUUCUGCCCUGUUAGUAGCUCUACAAGUACUACACCAAAGCUAUAGACAUCACUCUUUUCGGUUAAUCGACUUGUUUGCAUGUACUCUGGGUCUAAGUAACCAAAAGUACCUUGCACCAAUGUGGCUAAUUCUGCUUGAUCAACUGGAACCAAUCUUGAAGCUCCAAAAUCAGACACUUUGGCAGUGUAAUUAUCAUCCAAAAGAAUGUUGGCACUCUUGACAUCUCUGUGGAUAAUAGUUGUGGAGGCAUCUGAGUGCAAAUAUGAUAGUGCUCUUGCUGCUUCUAUGGCUAUUCUUAAACGGGUCUUCCAAGGUACAUUACUUGUCUUAUUUCCAUUGUGCAAAUGAUGAAAAAGGGUACCAUUGUUAACAAAUUCAUAGACCAAUAAUGGGACUUCAGUAUCUAAACAACAUCCCAAGAGCUUUACCACAUUCCUGUGAUUGAUUUGGGACAAGAUAACUACUUCAUUGAUGAAUUGCUCAACUUGGCUCUGAUCCACUACUUUGGACUUUUUGAUAGCCACAACCUUGUUAUUUGCAAGGAUUCCUUUGAAAACUGUACCGUAACCUCCGUUGCCUAUGAUCAAUUUUUCAUCAUAGUUGUUGGUGGCCUUCUUUAGUUCUUCUGCUGUGAAAAUUUGUGCAAUUUGGGAGGAGUCUUGUUUUGUAGAGAGUCGUUGUUGCAAAAUGAAACCCCCAUUUUGCAGAAAGAAUUUGUUUCUUUGAUUAAUAAGUUUCCUUUUAUGAUAUAUUAGGUAUAACCAGGAAAUAAUCAGCAGAGCUAUAAAUGCUAUACACGCACCUGCAUAUUUAAUUAAAGAUCCACCAUAUCAAAAGACUGUACUACUCAAUGGUUUACACAUAUCUACCUGAAUUGAGUCAUCAUUCUUGAAAACAUGAUUGCAACUAUAUGUACUUUUCUUUUAAUG